UUCGACAGUCACUGUGGGGGAGGGAUCGAUUUAUGAGGAAUGAUUCCCAGAAAAGAUGUUUCUUCUUUAAAAAAAAGGGAACCAACAAGACUCAGCUAGCUAGUGAUGUCAAAUUGCUAUGGCCUCGAACGACAGUUUAAAGUCUGAGUUGGAAAAGCUUUGUGAAUGUUUAAUAUGUUUGGAUCGUAUGGAAGAUCCUCGAACACUUCAUUGUGGACAUUCAUUUUGCAAAGAAUGCUUGGAAAGUCUUGUUAAAUUCGAAGAUAAUGGGGUGGCUCGAAUUAAAUGUCCGAAUAGAUGCAGAGAUCAUGUCCUGCCUCCAAAUAAAAGAGUUGACUUAAUCAGCUGUAGCUUACCAAUGAAGCAAAUGCUAGGUGUUAUGCAGCAACAACAUCCUUUGGAAAGACAGUAUGUGAAGUGCAAUGAAAAAGAUUGCCCAAAGGCAGUGGAGAUAUAUUGCAAAGAAUGCCUUCAGUAUCUCUGUUUAAAGUGCUCAGAACAGUUACACAAAAGCUUAUCUGGCCAUACCUUGAUACAUGCUAAAUAUUCCACAAAAAAAGAAUCCAUUGAACCAUAUUGUGUAGACCAUAAAUGCUUUCAACGAUAUACUUGCACAAGCUGUGAUGCCACUUUUCUUUGUAUGUAUUGCAAACAAUUGUACCACAUAGACCACAACGUUUCUUUAUUAAACACACAUGUUUUGAAGGAAUAUUUUACCAGCCAAAAAUUAAAGUUGCAAAAUCUAAAGUGCGAUUCUGGUCACGUAUCUGCUCAUGCAGACACAUUAAAAAAACGAUUGCGCAAUGCCAAACUAUGCCUAAUUAAUAAUUUUAUUCUAAAAGCUAAUGAAACUGAAAACAUGUUAUUGGUGAAGUACGAUGCGAAGCGAAAAACCAUUUUAGAUGACUUCAAGGAAAUAAAUGUACACAAGCAAGCUUUAUUAGGCCAACUUGAGUUAUUAGAGAAAAAGACUGACAUGCAGAUUAUGCUAGAAUCGGGAAAACUGGUUACUGAUGUUGAAUCUUUUAUGUUAAGCAAUCAACAUCUGCUUGAGUCAGCUGAACAAGUACCAACAAUGCAGAUUGCUACAGACUUUGACAUUGCUGGAACACUUCCUUUGGGAUUUAUAGACAACACAAUUUUAGAGUGCCGCAUUAAAGGUGUAAACUUUUCAUCUGAAGCACCAAUAGAGUUGUUGAACUGUGACGGCAUAGAAGAAGUAACCAAAGACUUACUGACUUGUCAAUUAAAUGAUGGUAAUGGCAAUAAUAUCUUACCCUGGAAAAGAAGUGGUCAGUUAUGUGAAGAAGCUUUUCUUUCAGGUGAUGAAUUCAAUAUGUCUGAAGUACUGUAUCGAAUGUUUCAAGAUGUUGUGAGAUUCGGAUUUUCAAGUUAUAUUUCCUCUGAUCAAUACAUCCAACAUUCUGCAUAUGUUCGUUCGUUGUUUCAAGCGAGAUAUAACCUAGUGGUUGAUCAAUGCAAGUGUGCAUCUUGUAAUACCUCCAUGUUGCCAGAGUUAUAUCAUUGUCGCAUUUGCAAUAUAGACUUGUGUUCGGUUUGCUAUCGGCUGAAUAUGGGUUUGCUGGUGCCUAAUCAUUUGAAAUAUCAUAAGAUGGAUUAUUUGAGUGACGUUUGUGCUACCUGCAAGAGCUACAUCGUUGGAAAGUAUAUUCACUGCAAAGUAUGUAACCUCAACGUUUGUGCUUAUUGUUAUCAAACGUGCAAGUUUAAGCAUGAUGAUCAACAUCAAAUAUCAGUUUUGAAAUAUAAUCUUGGAGAACUUAUUGACUGUAUGUCAGAAGAAAAGGAAUUACCGCUGCUGACUCUUCAUUCAAGGUAUUUUUCAGAUGCUCUAAAAAUAGGCGUUGGUGAAUGGAAGAAUUCAUUUAGCAAUUGGGAUGGGAAAAUUCAGAAAAAUAUGAAGCUAGCUGUUGCAAGAUUUUCAGAGGAAGGUUUAAGCAAUGGAAUGAUUUGCAACUCAUGCUUGGUUGAUCUUGCUGGGAAGUGGUAUCGGUGUUUAGACUGCUUUGACCUUGAUGUGUGUGACUUAUGCUACCUGAAAGGAAUUAGGAAGACAGAAUUUACAAACGGUCAUGAUGUGAAACAUACAAUGAUGAGUUUUCGAUACAAAUGCACCAAUUGUCGAGGAUUUAUAAUUGGCUCGAUUUAUAGUUGUGCAGAUUGUGUAAAGAAUGAGUUGUGUACUCUGUGCUAUAAAUCAAAAAAAUUUCCAUCAAGUCACAAGAGCUCUCACAGGAAUAUGAGAAAACAUCACAAUUAUGCUUGUAGUGGGAGAGAGUUGGAACAUAUCGCUGAUUGGCCUGUCGAUAUUUGAGAGAAUCAUAAAGUAUAUACACUUCGCGGUAUAAGCUGUUAUAUUUUGCAAGUUUUAUUACAAUAAUAAUUACAAUAUUAAUUCAAUAUUUGUUAUGUAAUUAUUGUUUCAAUUUUGAUAAAAUAUUUAAGUUUUAAAGUUGCUUUUAACUCUUUUAAUAAAAUUUUAUAUAAAAGAAACUUGCGAUAAGUUUGUGUAUCUUUAAGAAUAUUAAUGUGGCUUUUUGUAAAUCCUGGUUGAAUAACUAUUAUUUUAAUUUUUUAUUUUAUUUUUUAUACACACCGGAGCACUUUUGUAGCCCUUUGUAAAAUCAAAAUAUAGAAUAAUGAUGUUAUUAAGUUGGUGUUGUUUGGUUUGUUUUCUUGUUGUUGUUGUUGUUGUUGUUGUUGUUUGUUGAAAAAGUAAUGUGUCUUUUAUCUAAUCAAUUAUGGAUAUCAAAUAUCUAAUCUUUGGCCUCAGGUAUACUUGGUUAUCCAAUACAAUAUCAAAUAUCAUAUGGAUGCUGUUUUUUUCCUCAUUGCUUAUAAAAUUUCUCCUGACUAUCAGCUCCGCUUUUGUGUAAG